AUGGCCGGGUUCGGAAAAUAUAAUGGUGUUCCGUCCUCUUCGUUGGGUUCGGCUUCGGCUUCGGCUCUUUCCUCCCCAUCUACAUUAUCUUCUGUGGUAUUGAGCUCUACUGGCAUCUCCCCUAUUGCAUACGGUUCCGGCUCAUAUCCCGAAGAUGCUUCAUCGACAGGUUCUUAUCGAGAAUGCGUUGACCGUGUAUUCUGGCCUUUUGGAAGAUGCAAGUUGCUCAGCCAUAUCGGUGUCUUCAAUCUCUACGGCGACGUCUACGUCAAUAUCUUGAAGCUCGACUGGGUUGUCGACUUCGGUAACAUCUGCAUCAGUCGUCUCGUCCACUUCGGAGGCAGUCUCGAGCACCAAGGAGUCUGCAAGCUCGACAGUCUCGCAUACUCCAGAGGCCUCGAGCGCGGUCGCUUCAACCACUUCAGACUCCUCGACCGCUUCGUCUACAUGUACACCGUCAAGCUCAGUCGUUUCGAUCACUACGAGCGCUACUGUUACGUCUACCCUAUCUUUCACGCUUGCAUUGCAGCGCCCAAUUAUGCUAUCAAUAGCGGGUUCGAGGAAGGUCUCAACAAGGCGUGGAAGUACCCGACUACUAGAAAGCUCGCUGUCACGAUCCCAAACAACUAUGGCCAUGCAGCAUCGCAAAAAGCACUCCUGGCUACAGGGAUAGGCUUGAUUGUUACAGUCACUCGCACUGCGGCCACUAAUCAGCAGCUUUUCCUGAUUGACGAUGUUACAAUCAAGGGCAUGAGGGCUCCAGUUGCACCUUUCGACUACGUAUGGGUGGUACUCUAG